GCCCCUGCCCGCCCUGAGCGCCCCGCACCGCCCGCGCCCCCCGCCAUGGAGCGCAUCCCCAGCGCGCAGCCCCCGCCCGGCUGCCUGGGCAAGCUGCCCGCCCUGGAGAGCGGAGACCUGCCGGGGCUGGACUUCGCGCACAUGUACCAGGUGUACAAGCCCCGGAGGGGCUUAAAGAGGAGCGAGGACAACAAGGAGACCUACAAGCUGCCGCACCGGCUGAUCGAGAAGAAGAGGCGCGACAGGAUCAACGAGUGCAUCGCGCAGCUGAAGGACCUGCUGCCCGAGCACCUCAAGCUGACGACUCUAGGUCACCUGGAGAAGGCUGUGGUUCUGGAGCUCACCUUGAAGCACGUGAAGGCACUGACCAAUCUCAUCGAGCAGCAGCAGCAGAAGAUCAUCGCUUUGCAGAACGGUUUGCAGGCAGGUGACCUGUCAUCGAGAAACCUCGAUUCCAGCCAGGAAAUGUUUCGAUCCGGUUUCCAGAUGUGUGCCAAGGAAAUGCUGCAAUACCUGGCAAAGCACGAGAACGGCAAGGAGCUGAAGUCGUCGCAGCUGGUCAGCCACCUGCACCGCAUGGCCAGCGAGGUGCUGCAGGGCGGGGCCGCCCGCAAGGCCGGGGACAUCCCUCCCAAAAUGCUGGACCUGAAGGAGAAGCCGAUGCCCCUGGGCGCGGCGGGCGAGGGCCACGGGAAGAACUGCGUGCCCGUGAUCCAGCGGACAUUCGCUCACUCCAGCGGGGAGCAGAGCGGCAGCGACACGGACACGGACAGCGGGUACGGGGGAGAGCUGGACAAAAGCGACUCCAAAUCUGAACAGCCCUAUUUCAAAAAGGAUACCGACCUCAAGUACGCUGUCCAGGAGAGAAUAAGCUCUAUUAAGCAAGAGACUGAGGACCCGCCGGCCAAAAGGAGCAGGCUGGAGUCGCCGCAGGACGAGGGCCCUUUUGGCAGUGACAUGAUGGGCUCUGCCAGCAGCUUCCUGGGCCCCCACGCUCACCAGCCUCCCCUGUGCCUGCCUUUCUACCUGAUCCCACCGUCCGCCACCGCCUACCUGCCCAUGCUGGAGAAGUGCUGGUACCCGGCCUCGGUUCCUGUGUUGUACCCCAGCCUGCCGGCCUCUGCCGCAGCACUGACGGGCUUCAUGAACCCCGACAAAAUCUCCCCCCCUCUGCUGAUGCCCCAGAGACUCCCUUCUCCUGUACCGGCCCAUUCCCCCAUCGACUCCUCGGCUCUGCUUCAAGCUUUGAAGCAGAUUCCUCCUUUGAACUUGGAAACCAAAGACUGAGCGCAGUGUGACUGGUUUUUUCUCUUUUUUUUUCUUUUUUUUUUUUGUUUUUUUAGUUUGAGAGACUGUUUCACUUUUAUAUAUUGGCUGGACUGAGGUGUGGGGACGAGGUUCACUGUGCGUAGGAAGCUAAAUCCCCUUUUCUCUGACUUGUCAGGUAGCUUGGAGGAAGAUGAAGGAUGCGCCCAGGUUAGCGAUUGACAACUACUUCCAAAAGAUUAAAGAAGGAUUUUGUGCUUGGCCCCUUCCCUUCUUCCCUCUCCACAUCUACAGAGCAACAGUUGACUCGGUCAGCUGCAAAACUACUGCAAAGCUGUGAAGAAAUAUUCCAUUGGGCAGACCUGGUUUGAGGGUCUGUGAAUACAAAAUACAUUAAUAUAUAAACCACGGUACUUCCCUGAGCGGCUCUGGAGGCAACGACCCCACUGGCUCAUCUGAGCUGGGCUGCUGUCCCUGUGACCCCAAGUGUGGGGGUGGUGGUGGUGGCAAUGCGACCGGGAGUGGGGCAGUGGUCACUGGUGGUGGUGGCAAUGCCGCUGUGAGUGCAGGAGGAGCAAGGCAGUGGUCACUGGUGGUGGUGGCAAUGCCACCAUGAGCACAGUAGGAGCAGGGCAGUGGUCACUGUGCUGUGGUGGCAAUGCCACCAUGAGCACAGUAGGAGCAGGGCAGUGGUCACUGUGCUGUGGUGGCAAUGCCACCGUGAGCACAGCAGGAGCAGGGCAGUGGUCACUGUGCUGUGGUGGCAAUGCCACCGUGAGCACAGCAGGAGCAGGGCAGUGGUCACUGCAGGGGCAGCAAUGUCACCAGGAGGAGCAGGGUAGUUGCCACUGAGGUGGUGGCAGUGGUGGCAAUGCCACCAGGAGUCCAGGAGGAGCAGGGCAGCGGUCACUGCCUGGUCACACACAGGCCAGGCAGACAGACCUAAGACGGGUUUCUCUCCACACCUUUGCUGAUGCAUAGAUAAUUUUUUAAGAAAUAAAAGGUAGCUGCUGCUUGGA